GUCCCGACGCCCAGAGCAGCCCUCCUCCAUCUUCAAGACGCCCCGCCAUCAGUCUGUACGUGUGGGAAGGCUGAGCGCAGACUAGUCUCUCGCACUUGCCGUCCGAGCAAGAGCUGGAUCCUGGACCGGUCGUUAUUUGUCGAAGCGGUGACCGAUUGCACUCGCGAGCGCCUGGAAAUCGGCCCCUUGCAAAGGGUACACCGUCGGAACGCUCUCGCGACCAGUGUUUCGUGAACAACAGCUGGACAUCGGAACGGCCGGUGUCGACGGCCAGGACUAUCGGUGCCACGCGUCCAGCCAUUGCGUCGUCAGCUAUACAAGUACAGUGCGCAGUCGCCAGCGGACGCCGCCGGGGCUCGAACCAUUUACGGCUUCGAGAGGACGACUUUCUGGUGCGGUGGUGUGAUGAGUGUUGUUUGUGACCGUUUUCUUCAAUUCUGUAAAAGAGCCAGCGACGCUUGGAUUACGCGGCUACCUCGCGUUCUUCGGUGCGCGUGUGUGACGUGCACGUAUUCGGCACAGCUCCAACGGGCCGCAGCGGAGCGUGCGCAGUAGAUUCCCUCGGCGUGCGACCUUGGUGCAGGUGGGAUCUCUCUCUCUGUCUUCUUGUGUCUUACGAAACGCCGUCGUGUGGGCUCGGGUUGAACACUUUUUUCAUCUCAAGAAUGUGCACCAAGUGAACGUUCAUCGAGGUCCCACAAGCACAGAUCGUUGAGCGAACGUUCAGUGUCGAGCGGCGAGCUUCCCAGAUGCGUGUGGUCCUCUACGUUAGGCUAUCGGUAUACUCAAUUGCCAGCGCGGUGCAAGCCAUAAGCUGCGGUGAACAGUAUAGUCAAAGUUGCCAGGUCAUACGUGAGACUACGCAAGUUCCUAAGUACCGCUAAGUCGACAAAUCGGACACGUACUAAGUGUCCCACUAUUCAGAUGCACAUAAGCCAGUGUAAAAAAAGAAAGCUUUGUGACGCGGCUGUAAGCACCAUACGCACCGAGGAAUACUGAGGCCGUUCACACACGUUCGGCAAACAAAGCAAGGCCUAUUGGGCAUCGACAAAGGCGGCCACUACGCUUGAAGGUUUGACACAAUCGCAACGAUCGCUGGUCGCUGCAUCAUCGAUUAAAAUUUACUGUUGCCCAAAACACGUGAGAGCUUCCAACAAGCCAAGUGGAAACGCCAUUGAAUAGUCUGAAACCUUCCGUGAUGUCUUGCCGGUCCUAAAACAUAAAACUUAAAUUUCUACGUCGCCCAAGGCUUCACCGCGGUCUCCUCCUCACCGAUAUUGAAGCAUCAGUGACUCACCUUGCUUCCCACGGUUCGCCUUCAUUCUUUGACUCGCGCAGAUGUAAACCCAAUUUUCGUCUGCUUCUGAAAAAAAAAAAAAAAAUGUCGAGAAUGAAGGUAUCUUUGGGUGGCACUCUCAAAUGCUGACGCAGUGAACGUAAAGUUUCUGAAAAUAUCUGACUCUGCAAAAGCUUACCCACUACAUCGAUCACUGAGAGAGAGGUGGCGCUCGCCCUAUGAGAUCACUGUUGACUAAAGCACAAACAACGCGGGCCUUCUUCGCAAGCGUCAGUCCGUGCUAAGUGCAACAUCUCGCGUCUUAUCUGCAUUCGUGCGCAAAGCAAGCACGUUGUCGCCUUGCCCAAGAGACCCCGUUGAGUCGCGCACAAGCGAGGAACAAAAGGCACCUGUAACCAGAUGUACACCUGAUCGCGCGACGAAGGCUUAACCACGUGUGACCGGAACAGCUCCGACACGACACGAAGGCAUAUAUAAGGGCCAUCAAUCAACUCGCCGAAUGAAAACAGCGGCUCCUUUUGUUCACUUGAGUUGGCACUGAAGAAGACGCCCCCCUCGUGCAUCCCUCCGCGACCGACGUCGUGGACAAAGAAGUGUGGCUGUUCCGCGCUGUGUCCGAUUCACUCGUGGACGCCUCAGUGUCACCGCGUGUUCAGCGUGAUUGUGAAGGCUGCCUAGCAAUCUCAGGAACGCUCGGUAUAUAGCUCGACACCUUUCAGCGCUGAUUCCUGCGGCGUGACUUCUUUUCUUUUUUUCAUCUCUCGUUUCUGGCGCGGGAAGAUGAGAGAAAUCCUUGUUCUUCCGGACGUGAACAGGAAUCCCGAAGAACAGCUAAAGGGACUCGUUGUCCCAUUUGAAGCCUCGCUGAGAGCGCAUUCUGGCAGGUAGUUGUUGAAGUGCUUUCAAGAAGUUAUCAGUCACCUCUCGAGUUUUAAUGGACGAAGACAUGAAAAAUCUAUUUGCCCUUUAGUAGUGUCUGAGGGGCACAACAAGACAUACAACUGACUGCAAUCUAUUUUCGGCGCUUUGGUGUGCUCUGCAGUAGAAGGCUUCACAAGGUGUCCCCUCUCGUUCACAACCUGUCGUUUACAGACAAAUCUUCAGGAAGUGUUGUAGGACGCAUCCAAAACAAGGGACAUACCAAUAAAAGCGCACCGCGAGCCCUUCGAAACGUUGACCCGAAUUCCCUUCAAUUAAGACCAAUACGGAACUUAGAAGUUCGACCUUACACCAUACGUACGUCACGCCUACCACGUCACGAAACAAAGCAAAAUGCCAUCAACACCGAGGCGAAGCAGCGGCGGAGGCUUUUCCGAAGACAGCUUCUUUCCGAAGAAGGUCAUCGAGCUGGUCACCAUGGAACCGAGUUCGAGCCGCCGAAACCGGCACAACCAUCACCACAGCCCUCAUCACCACCAGCCGUCAUCUUCCAUGGCCCCGUCGAGCAGACCGUUCGACGACGAAGAUGACAGCUGCUCGGGAGACAGUGCCGAGGGACUGUCCAUAGACCCCCUGGACGACAAUCCGGGCAUCCAGGCGGCCGUGAGCAAGGUGCUGCAGAGCUACGACUGGUCCCUCGUGGCCAAGACGACGCGGCAGACAACCUCGGAGAAAAAGCGUCAGCACGUCAAGCGGCCCAUGAACGCGUUCAUGGUGUGGGCCCAAGCUGCUCGGAGAAAGCUCGCCGACCAGUACCCACACCUGCACAACGCGGAACUCAGUAAGACCCUCGGCAAGCUCUGGAGGGUCCUCGGCGAUGACGAGAAACGACCGUUCAUGGAGGAGGCCGAGCGGCUUCGAUGCAAGCACAAAAAGGACCACCCGGACUACAAGUACCAACCGCGCCGCCGGAAACCGCUGAAGGGAUUCGAACCGCCGCCUCCGCAAGCGCCGCAGCAACAGCAGCAGGGACAACAGAGGUCCAAAGGGCGAUCCUCGUCAGCUUCGCAGGCAUCAUCGUCCAGGUGA